GCUAGGUACAAAAAGGCUUUUCAGGGAGUAUUACAGUUUGUCUUCUGUCCCUUACAAACUGAAACUGAAACUAAAACCGUCCUGAGGUUAAAUUUAAGUAGCCUCAUCAUUCAUCAAACUUCAAAUAACUGGCUAGAUUCAGUGACACAUGGUAGUCGACUGUACCGUUCAGAGUUCGUGUGGUAAGGAGUAAGAAGUUAUUAUUCAAGAAUGAUUAAAUUUAUGGACCGUUUUGUCAUCCAGUGCGUCCUUACUUAAGAAGCAGAGAGAAAAUCUAUAACGUGCUGAAAAAAAGAGAUUUUAUGAAGGAUGUGUUCCUAAUACACUGCUGGUAGACACAGCAUUUGUUUCCCCAACUUCAUGUAGUAGCUUGGUUAGUUUAUGCUCUUCGUCAAGUCCACCCAUGCGGUAAUUAGUUCACCAAUUCUUCAAUGAGUAUUAGCUGUGUGACACGGGGAUAUAUGUUUAGAUAGUUCGAUAAACUUUAUAAACAAUAAUUUUACACGACUUAGACCCAUGGUUUCUCUUAUUUAGUCCGUUUAAGCUUAGAAUAAUUCAGUUACUUGGGUACGCAUCUACUUCACCUGUCUCUAUUCUAUAUCAAUUGAAGUAUCUGAGUGUCUCUUUCAUUCCUCAAAUAUGUACUUAGGAUCAGGUUCAAGAUGUUUUCCGGCAUCAAAGGGCAUAAAUAAACUAUUGUAAACUCGGAAAUUGCGAGUAACAUCAAUGUUUUCAGCAAGCUGCAUUUUGUUUAGUUUGUUAGAGUCAAAACAACCAGCAGUGCAUUUUUUGAAACAACAGAUCUUUCCAAGAUUCUCGUUUCCAUACUUUUCACUGUAAAUCCUGAGGACUAUAGUAUUCACCUGAUAGAACCAAGUAUACUACUACCUCAACGUCACAUAGGAAUCUGGUUGACAUGACGGCAGGAAAGAAAAGCAAACGCGAUGACAUAUCGGCUGUAGAUUGUUUUGAUGAGGUUGUACUUGGUAUACAUCAAGCUGAGUCAGCUGUACUUAUGCUAAAAAGUCCUGAAGACGAUGUCAAGACCCGAGCUUGUGAAGCAUUAUACAAGUUUUCGAAUAAAAGUGACGAAAACAAAAAAGCCCUGAUAUCAUUAAAUAUUCUAGAAUACCUCCAGCCUCUAGUAAGAGAUGAAAAUAGGGUAGUAAAAAGGAAUGCGGUACUUGUUUAUGGAGUUCUAUCGUCACUUCCUUCUGCAAGGUCUAUCAUUAGGAAACUGCCAACUAUUGUUACUGAUCUUCUCAAGCUUUUGGACUCAGAAGAAUUUGAGACAACGAAAGAAUUUGCUGCAAUGACAUUGUCACAUCUUUGUUUGGAAUAUGCUGGUAUAUACGAACUUAUAGAGCAUAAAUGUUUCUCUGUUAUCAUACCUUGUUUGAAAUCACCUGAUCCAGAUGUACAGAAGAAUACAUUGGAUAUAAUACAUAUGUUACUCCAGGACUUUGAAGCUCGCCCAAUGCUGAAAGCUUCUGAAGGUCUGGAGACCCUGAUUGAAUUGUUGGUAUCGGAGUAUCCAGUUAUUCAAGAUUUAGUGUUAAAAAUAUUUGCUAGAGCAGCACAAGACAGUAUAAUAAGGACAACCUUAAGAGAUAUGAAUGCAUUGGAUGCAUUUAUUGAUAUUAUUGGUGUUCCGGAAUUUAACGAUAUACAUAUUUCCGCCCUACAAGUAAUUGCAAAUUUACUAGACGAUACUGAAUGUGUAAAGCAUUUAGUUAGUCAAGGCAGUCUUCAAAAAUUAUUGCAUUUUAUCACUGAUCGUCAAGUUUAUAAUGAAAGUGAUAUUAAAGUCAAUUCUGUGAAUCAACAGCAAAAUAAAGACAAGAACGCUAAAGGAAGGAAACCUAGUCCUAAGAAAGGUGAUAAGAAAAAAAGCAGCAAAGGAGAACCGGAUGGAAAAAAAGACGAGGAAAAACCACCGUCAAAUACUUUGCCAGAAGCGAAAAUUCACACAUGUAAUGCACUUAUGAGAGCUGCAUGUAAAGAAGAAACAAGGAAAAUUUUACACGAUGCAGAUGUUGAAAGGAUGUUAGUAUCACUAUUAUCUCAUGAAGAUGAAGGUGUACGAGCUGCAUCAGCACAAGUUAUUGCUAUACUGUCAGAAAGUUCAGUAUGUCAGGAUAGAAUAGCUGAAUUAGGUGGACCGGAAUUACUUAUUCGUAUGACGCGGAGCGAUCGUCGUGAACUCAAAUCAGCUGGAGCUACAGCAUUAUCUGCUUUGACUACUGGAAAUGGAUCAAUUUGUCGUGAGGUUGCAAGUCGAAAUUCAGGGCUUGAGGCAUUGCUUAGUUGUUUACAUAUAGGUGAUCCUGAAGUUGACUUAAUUACAGUGGGUGGAUUAAUUGCACUGACGAAUUUGGCUACUGAAGAAACUACUCGACCGAAGGUUUUACAUGUAAUAACGGCCAAGUUAUUGAUACCAACUCUAAAUUCAAAUUCAGUAUUAACUCAAUCUAAAGCUGCAUUAGCAGUGGCUUCGCUAGUAUCCGAACAACAUAAUAUCCAACAAUUUAUUCAACUUGGAGGUUUAUCGAGUUUACUCAAUUUAGUUCAAUCAACAAAUAAUGAUGUGCGUCGUUCAGCAUGUUGGGCUAUCGCUUCAUUGACAGCUGACCACACAGCUGCUGUAACGUUAUCUCAGUUAAAUGGUAUAACUAUUUUACAAACAUUGAAUGAAUCUAUAACACGUAAAAAUGCUUUUACUGAAUUAGCUUUAAAACGUGUACUGGACGCUAAUUUAAUGGCGAAAUUUGCACUAACUGGUUACUUAGAUUUUGUUGAUCAUAUACCAGAUUUAUUUUAUGAUCCUGGUCAAAUAACUAAUCCAUCUCAAUUUUUAACAUUGGAUGAAUAUAAUGAACAAUCAGUGAAUGACCGUCGACCAAUAUUUUUAAUAAAUUUACAAAAAUGUGAUAUUGUUUCAUCGUCAGAUUAUUUACAAUCACAAGAUUCGAAUGAUGCCAAAACUGAUGAUUUGAAACAAGAUGAUUUAAAUUAUUUCAAUGAAAUGAAAUAUCCUUUUGAUUCUACAUUACAUGAUUGGUUAAAUAUUGCAAUUAAACAAAUUACGUCAAUAAGUGAAUUAAAAGAGCAAAUAAAAUCUUUAGGAGAAUUUGUUGCUUCUUGUUAUGGAGGAUCAAUCAACAAAGAUGAACAAUUCACUCUAAGAAAUGAAUUAUCUCUGGCACAGUUACGAUGUCAAUUGAAUUCUAACUUAAUACCAAUAGGUUUAAUUAAACAAGGAUCAUUUCUACAACGUGCAUUAGUUUUUAAAUUACUUGCUGAUCGAAUUGGAUUACCAACUAAUUUAAUACGUGGAACAUAUGGACGUUCAUUUAAUGAAGUCCUGAUAGAACCAGAAAAUUCAAAAUCUCAAACGUAUAGAGAUUUAUAUGUUGUGGAUUUAAUGUUUGAACCCGGAAAGUUAUUAAAAUCGUCUACAAGUGAAGCAUUAGAGUACACUAGUAUAGCCUGCUAAUAAUAAUAAUAAUAAUAAUAAUAAUAAUAAUAAUAAUAAUAAUAAUAAUAAUAAUAAUAAUAGAAUUUACCUUCCUUCAGAACUUGUGUAUUUUUUCAUGUAAAUUAACUUCAACUACUCCAGAUUCUUCAUCAUUCAACAAAGUCUUUUAUUAGUGAAUAAAUUUAAUUACAAAACAUACAGUUUUCUCUUCUCUAUGCAUAAAGCAGUUUUGUACUGAUUUGGUAAUGUAAUCAUAGCAUUCAAUGUAUAUUAAACAGAAGUAGCUGAGAGAACAGUUAUGAUCUGUUUGUAAUUUAUUAUUUUAUUUAUUUGAACACAUAAAUAUUGGUACGAGGGGGCACCAUAAAUAUAUGCGCCUCCAAAUGCCCUGAUACGGCCGACAGUGGGGAGAGUUCGCUCUCCCUCUCCAAAUGCUCUCACGUGACCACGCGCAUAUAGCCUCUACCAGGGAAGUCCUACUCAUUGCCUUCUCGUGGCUGGGAUGUUGUUUACGAAAUUGAGAGGACAAAAAGCGAAUGUCCGGCGCUUUACCGGGUUAGUGGAUAUGGAGGAUCCACCUAGGGGAGUUGGGAAACCCUGAUUUCGAACCAAUGGUGCAUAUGGGCUCCAGUAUCCUGAAGGAAGAAAUGGCGUAUGAACCAAUUAUUGGUCACCGGCUACUAUGGGACUGCAUCUUCUCACGAUGCUUCACUGCCUUGUGAGUCAGACCUUUAGGUCAAAGGGUCGGGGUGUGGCCACCUAAGAAAACCACCUGCUUCAGUCUGGGCACCUGAACAGUAUCACAACCCACACACAAAUAAAAUGAAAAUGACGAUAUUUACUGAAAAUUCUAUUCACGCUUCGAUUAACGACCAAACAAUCUACAUUAUUAUCAUUUACCACGUCACUUAUUCACUCUCUUUUUUAUUUUUACCCUGUUGGUAAGGUAAUAAACUAAAUUAAUUGACUUAAUCAAACUAGUUAUAAGCACUGGAAGGUUUUUUGGUCUGUUAUCGUGGGCAUUUAUCUCCUUAAAAAAUAUCAUUCGCUGCCUCCUGAGUGGUUUCAAACAAUAUUUCUCUUUGGAUCGCCAAUCGAUGAAAACUAUCUUUGAAAUGAACAAAUAUCCACGUACGAUGAAUUAGAAAAUUAAGCACUAGUGACAGCUUUUUAGAAGUUUCAGUACACAAUUCUCAUCACUUUGCUCUAAGUCGUUUUAACUGAAGUACUUUCAAACCACUAGACAAAUUGUUGUGAACCAGUAAUUCUAGUUAAAAUAUAAGUAUCUUGAGAAAGAAAAGCGACGGACUAUCUUCAAUCGACAAUUUACUUAAGUUUUAAGCAGUUUGCCUAGGUUAUCAUUUUCGGAAUAUGAUCUAUCCAAAAUGUUAAAAGAUGGCGGAACUACAAAAAGUAAGUAAAAGCAUUUAUCCGGGGACAGCAAGAAACAUUGGGCGAAACUAUUGCUAUCAGAAGUACAUUUGCCAGGUCAAACAGACCAGCAUUUAGUGCUUACAUCGUUUGGAGUCAUUUACCGUCCUUAUAAACGCGUAACCAACCACAAAGAUAAGUUCGAAGAUCUCUCGCCCAGCCGCCUCAGUCUCUCAGUAGACCAUUCAAGCCAAAUUAUGCUGGUCCAACAGAAACUUCAGCAAUCAGGUUAGACAAUCUCUACCUCUACAUUACUAAAAUGAAUGUAAUAAUUAAGAAGACAAAGGAGCCUGAGAUCAUUUACAUCUUUGGUCGGCAUAAAAAUAGGAAACGCUUAUCAUGAAAACCAGACGCGUAUAGGAGCAAAUUCGUACCUCAGUACCAAAGUCCAGUAUCCUCAAGAAGUUUAUGAUUUCAAGGAACUUAUAUUUCACUGAAAAUAUCAUCAAGAAGUAUGUAGUGUCAGUCAUUAUGUUAAGCCCAUAUACUUUAUUCUAGCUUUCAGACAGCCUAAUCUAUUCACUCUACCUAAGUCACAUUCUGACCUU